UGCUCGCUCCCGCGCCUCCGGAUCACUUCAAGAUGGCGGCGCUAAGCGGGGGAUCGGCCGAGGGGCCCUCACUGCUCAACGGGGACCUGGAGUCCGAGGCCGGGGGCCUGAGCGGAGCCGGGGAGAUGUCAGCUGCAGGGGGCUAUCAGGAGGAGAUCUGGAACAUCAAGCAGAUGAUUAAGUUAACGCAAGAGCACAUUGAAGCCCUCUUAGAUAAAUUUGGAGGCGAGCACAAUCCCCCUUCAAUUUACGUAGAGGCCUACGAGGAAUACACAAGUAAACUUGAUGCCCUUCAGCAGAGGGAACAACAGUUACUGGAGUCGAUGGGGAAUGGAACAGACUCGUCUUCAUCCCUGUCCUCAGAAAUGACACUAUCUUCUGUACCGUCCUCCCUGUCUUUAGUACCCUCGUCCUUGUCCGUCCUGCAGAACCCCUCUGACCUUUCCCGUAUUAACCCCAAAUCUCCACAGAAACCUAUUGUAAGAGUCUUCCUACCUAACAAACAGCGCACUGUGGUACCAGCUAGGUGUGGUGUGACAGUGCGGGAUAGUUUAAAGAAAGCACUAAUGAUGCGAGGUCUAAUCCCAGAAUGCUGUGCAGUCUACAGGGUCCAGGAUGGGGAGAAGAAGCCAAUAGGCUGGGACACAGACAUCAGCUGGCUUACGGGGGAAGAGCUACAUGUAGAGGUUCUGGAAAACGUGCCCCUCACAACACAUAAUUUUGUACGAAAAACGUUCUUUACUUUGGCGUUCUGUGACUUUUGCCGGAAGCUGCUAUUCCAGGGUUUUCGCUGCCAAACGUGUGGCUAUAAAUUUCACCAGCGGUGCAGCACAGAGGUGCCUCUUAUGUGCGUCAACUACGACAGACUUGAUUUACUGUUUGUCUCUAAGUUCUUUGAGCACCACCCGAUAUCUCAGGAUGAAGGUCCAUUUGAAGACGUGACUCCAUACGCCGACUGCUAUUCCCACUCACCUCCGCCCGAUAUAAGUGGGUCUUCAAUCCUCCCAAGUAGUUCUCCGUCCAAAUCCAUCCCUAUUCCCCAGCCCUUUCGACCUGCCGAUGAAGACCACAGAAACCAGUUUGGCCAGCGAGAUCGUUCUUCAUCUGCCCCGAAUGUCCAUAUAAACACCAUCGAGCCAGUAAACAUCGAUGACUUAAUUCGGGACCAGGGACUUCAGCGGAGUGAAGGAGCCCCUCAGGUCCAGUCGACCCGCUGCCUUCGGAAAUACCACAAUCGGAACCCCAGCCCACUCCUCCAUACACUCCCCAGUGAAAUAGUCUUUGAUUUUGAGUCUGACCCCGUUUACAGAGGUACCACACCAGGGCUAUCGGCGACCCCUCCAGCCUCUCUCCCUGGAUCCCUCACUAAUGUGAAGGCUCUCCAGAAAUCCCCAGGGCAACAAAGAGAACGCAAAUCUUCCUCGUCCUCCACUGAAGACAGGAGUAGGGUGAAAACACUUGGACGCCGAGAUUCCAGUGAUGAUUGGGAAAUUCCAGAUGGACAAAUCACAGUCGGACAGAGAAUAGGAUCUGGAUCCUUUGGAACAGUGUAUAAGGGAAAGUGGCAUGGAGAUGUAGCUGUGAAAAUGUUGAAUGUAACUGCACCAACUCCUCAGCAACUACAAGCCUUUAAAAAUGAAGUAGGCGUGCUCAGGAAAACUCGGCAUGUGAAUAUCCUGCUUUUUAUGGGCUAUUCUACCAAACCCCAGCUGGCUAUAGUAACCCAAUGGUGUGAGGGUUCCAGCCUAUACCACCAUCUACACAUCAUAGAGACCAAAUUUGAAAUGAUCAAGCUUAUUGACAUUGCACGGCAGACGGCACAAGGCAUGGACUAUUUACACGCCAAGUCAAUCAUCCACCGAGAUCUGAAAAGCAAUAAUAUUUUUCUUCAUGAAGACCUCACGGUAAAGAUUGGUGACUUUGGUCUUGCCACAGUGAAAUCGCGGUGGAGUGGCUCACACCAGUUUGAGCAAUUAUCGGGUUCCAUUCUAUGGAUGGCUCCAGAAGUCAUUAGAAUGCAGGACAAAAAUCCUUACAGCUUUCAGUCCGAUGUCUACGCAUUCGGUGUUGUACUAUAUGAAUUAAUGACUGGGCAACUACCAUAUCAGAAUAUUAACAACCGAGAUCAGAUCAUAUUUAUGGUCGGCCGAGGUUAUCUGUCUCCGGACCUCAGCAAAGUUCGGAGUAACUGUCCCAAAGCGAUGAAGAGAUUAAUGGCGGACUGUCUGAAGAAAAAGAGGGAUGAGCGGCCCCUGUUUCCACAGAUUCUUGCCUCCAUUGAACUUCUGGCCCGGUCCUUGCCAAAAAUUCACCGCAGUGCAUCUGAGCCAUCGUUAAAUCGAGCCGGCUUCCAGACAGAAGACUUCAGUCUGUACGCUUGUGCUUCUCCGAAAACGCCCAUCCAGGGUGGCGGUUAUGGAGAAUUUACAGCCUUCAAGUAACUGCACAGUCACCACAAGCACCUCUGUUACUACUUUAAGUCUCGUGUUCCUCUAGUUUCUUAGCACUGGGACUACAUACAAAAAAGCAGAUAAAACACCCAUAUUAAAAGGGAGCAGCAUGAACCAUCAAUGAAACAAAAGGGGUAUAGGGUUGGAGAGGGACCAGCAGAAACUUCUGUACACCCUUACCAGUGUACACACAGCAGAGGAGAGGCGUGGCCUUGGGAACGAGAAGGCGGAUCUUCUUCACUGCAGAGACUGUGUUUUUCCGACUCUUAAGAUACUAACACUGGGGCCUUCACAAUCUCUCUGGAUUCUGCUCCAAUCAUAACAGGACUGUCUGCUUAAAUAAUUUUACCCCCACCCUUCAGAACUUUGGAAAAUAAAAUGCUGGAUCUCCUUAGCCCCCACCUUUACAUCUUGCUAUGUCCAUUUCCUCCUAUUUUAAGGAGUAAAGCAGCGCAAGGCGCAAACCUGGGAAUUGUAGUGUAGUAACCCAUAGCAACUGUAUCUGUUUUCCAUUGAACAGAUCUCUAAAAGCCACACUGUGGUUUAAGCACUUUUCUUUUUAUCUUAUUGGACAGCAGUGCUGACCACUCGGGAAUUACUUUGUCUAUUGUCAGACAGUGUGCAUCUGAAAAUGUAAUCGGUCUUAGGUAAUUGGGUACAUUAAAAAAAGAGUAAGUCCAUCUAAAAUCAUUGACUUUAGUCCAAUGUAUUGAGAGUUAUGGCUUCCAGGUUCCCUCUCCCUCCUCAACCAGAGCCCACCCCAAGAGUUAUGGUUUUGUACCAACCCUGCUGGAUUCUUCACAGGAAUAGACAGUAAUCUGGCUAUUCUAACUAUUGCAUGACCAUAAGGAAUGAGGUGCGACAGACCAUAGUUUGAGUACAGUCCAGAUCUCUUGUGGAGAGGACAUUCUAGUUUUCCAGUCACUAGACACUGUAAAGAUGGUGGAUUCACAGCCCAGAUUCCUCUAAGCAUACCCUUUAACAAUUAACAUUUAAUUUAUUAAUAUUAGUAUCUGUAUAAAGAGAAUAAUGGCAUUUAUAGAGACGAGAUUAACUUUGCCUGAGUUGGUUGUGAUUGCUCUGAUCAAAGAUCACUGUGGAUGCGCCAACCUUGCUCAACCCAUCUUAGUCAAGCACUGGCUUUGUUUUUGUCUAGUCUUAAACUGGGUACACACUAUUUAAAUUUCAUAUGGCUCUUGAGGUACCCAAAUUCUCUACAUGUGAGCUGCUUUUUGCCACCUCUAAUGAGAUGUGGCUGUCAAAUUGCUAUAGUCACAGUGGGAAAUUCUUCCAUCAGUGCUGUAUAGUGUGGAUGGGGGAAAUUUGUUAGAUUAUUUUUUUCAGCCUGCGGGUUGUGUGUGUGUGUGUGUGUGUGUGUGUGUGUGUACCCAUCUUAAAGUUUGUUUAAUAAUGCAUCCUCUAUAAUUUAAGUUAAUGUAUCAAAAGCAGAGUUAGGUGAAUUGUUUCAUUUUACCAAUGCAAAGAAUGAGAGAUUAAACUUGAUUAGUUUCUGUAUACAAGGAUCAUUUUUCCAUUUCCUUGAGAAUAUCUUUGCAAUAGAUCAGCAUGAUCAUUCACUUGGGACGUGGGUGACUUUUCUGUCGACCUUGUACAGAAUUCCUCUGUAUGCAGGCAGAAGCUGAAAGUUGUAUUUCAGAGCAACCACAAAUUAAACCUAUCAAUUGUAUUUUAUAAAUGCAUAAUAAGGCAAAGGGAGAAAUCGUUAGGGGGGGGGGGGGGGGAGCAGCAGGUUUUCGGUUAUGCUGGUCAUGGAAUUGUGGUUGUGAAUCGGAAGCAAUUCAACUUGCUUAUUUCAGUAGUAAAUAUGAGUCUUACCCAUAGUCAACUGAUUUUGUGUUUUUAUUUAAAAAAUAAAAAUACAAGACUUUGUGAAAAUUAGAGAAAAUAAAAAAGAGGGGUUCUAUCACAAACAAGCCCAACCCAUCUUUAAGGGCCUUCUCCAAAUUGUAAUAUUGAAAACAAGAUGUGAAGUAGCACACAAUUAAAACUUGAAGGCACCCAAAAAUGUCUCGGUGAGCUGGUAAACUCCAGAGCAUUCCAGAGCAAAAUGUUUUUGCUCCCAAUGGUGGAUUAUCUGUAAUAGAAAAUGAUUUGAUAUCAAAAAUUCAACAUAGAAUAGGUGACUCUUGUGAUGGGCUCAAUGGAGGGGGUAGAGUUGCGAAUCAAGAAGGGAAGGUUAUGGUCUGAGGGGGUUCCUAAGAAUUUAGACAUUUUAGAAAGUUGUAUAACUUGUCCGUGUACAUCCAGCACUGGAAUUUUGAGUUUAGGGUAGACCUACGCUUAAAUUAGUUAUUUAAGACGACAAAAUCUGAGCAAAGAUAUUAAGAAUAUACCUUCCAUUUAAGUGAAUUAUGUGAAUUUUUUUUGGAAUGUGCCAUGGAAGUCGAGGUAUAAUCCAAGUCAAGAGCAAAGACACUUCAAUAUUAAAAAAAAAAAAUCACGUAUGUGUAUACAUGCUUAUACAUUUUAAUAGAUAUUUUUAAAGUUGCACAAAAUGAUCUUUUAAAAUUGUGUUUCAUGAUCCCUCCGUCUGCUCCCUGUUUUAAGAUGCAGCCUUGGAGGAGGUCAUUCUGCAGAGGCUCAAGUUGGUAUCAUGUGAACUAGUUACAUGACACUGGAAAAUUUGACCUGCAAAUUGGGCAGGGAGAAAGCGGGAGAUGAUGCGCAAGGGUUCCACCCAACCGUGAUGACACCAAAAGUGUUUGAGUUUUUUUAUAGCGGUACCACCGGUACAGCCUGUAUAAAUUGUUAGCCAGAUCAGAACUAAUAUUUGGUGACCAGGUAUCAAAAAUGGUGACUAUAAUGCAAUAAUAUAAAAAGUAAGGCACACUGUUUAGUAAUUAGGGAUUGCUACAGCUGAAAAAAAAAUCCCCUGGCUUCCAAUUAAAUUUCUGCUAAGUUUUUUUCAUAAUUUUGCCCUUUGCCAUUUGUUCCCUCUCCCUUUUGCUCGGGUGCACUUAAUAUUGAAAUGCUUCCACAGGACUCCUUAAUUUAAAAAGAAAUCCAUUUUUUUUUAUCCAGCUAUUUAACAAGAAUUUUUUUUUUUUUAAGGGAGAUUCUGCAUUUUAUUUCUUUCCAGCUCUGUUUAGCUAAUUUGGACUGUCCACUUCUACCCUACAUCUUGUCCCUUUUUCUUUUUAGCUCCUGUUUUUUUUUUUUUUUCUUCUAAAGGAUACAGUUGUGGACCUUCUAUCCCACAAAUCUGCUCUAGCAUUUAAUUCCUUUUGGUGAGGCCUUGCAUGGACUAAAUUGGACUUAUUGUGUUUUCAGAUUCAGCUCUUUAAAAAAAACUCUUUACAGUGCAUUUCCAUAUCGUACAGAACGGAUGGCUGGUUGCCGGAAAGAAAAAAAAAUGGUUUACAUUCCAUGCUAGAUAGUCACAUUCAUUGCAUUAUUCUUUAUUUUCGAUUUGACUCCAAGACUUCUGCUUUGCGCCUACAGACUGAUGGAAAGAAUGGCGUUUUUUGUUAUUGAAUGCUCACAGCACUCGAUGUGCAGGUACUACAUUCGAGUUAAAUGACGAUGGCCCUGAUAAUGUAGAACUUUUUGUGGGUCUUUUGCUUGAAAGUGUCUGAAGGAUCAAAAGGUUUUUGUGGGAUUGUGUUAACAGGGCAAAUGUGUGAUCUGCCCUAGCAACAGACAGUUCUAGAUCUUCCCUGUGUGUGUAUCUACUAUGAAAUGGAAGCUUUUUACAUCUGCCAUGACAUACAUUGGAGUAAAAGAGGUAGGUGAUUAACUUAAGCCCAGAGUUGAUCGCAUCACCCUUUUGCCAUAUUCAGACUUCAAUGUGUUUUUUUUUUUAUUUUUUUUUAUUUGUAUAGUGUGAUCAAUUUCACUAUCCCACAAAGCAGAGGUUCAUAAACAUACCGCCAAUAGAUUGUCCAAUAUGAUUCCAUAUUUCCUGCACCAGACUGUCAAAAUCAGCAGCAGUCCUAUUGGUACCAGUAUGACUUCCAAAGAUGUCCAUGAUUUGGUUUUACUUUACUAUGAGCAGAACAGCGGAAAGAUAAUCGUAAGAAUUUUAUAAGCAUGGCAAAUCACAAAUACAGUGUCUAGCUACAGCUAGUGAGUGUAUUGCUGUUAAUUUUGUGCAAUCAAACGAUAGAACGGAGGUCCAGUUACUUAAAAUGUUGCCUGUCAUUGACACGUCUCUGAUUUUUCUACUUUCAGGUUCAGUAAUGAAGAUAAUCCCUUUUCAGUUUCUUUGUUAUUCAGUCCCAUUUAAGAAUCUCUAUGAUAAAAGAUAUAGAUUAUUUCUAUCAGCCUCCAUCUCAGAGUGGAUAAUAAUUUUCCCUACCAUGGCUUUUUGACUUAUAAGGCCAACCAAUAUGGACAUUCAAGGUUGUCUAUAAAGAGACCCACAAACCCAUCGAGAACUUGCAGCAUCUCUGGUUGAAAUUAAGUCCAAAACUCCAGCUUUUCAGGGUUGGGUACAAACCACCAAGAAGCCUCCCUUUGUUUCAAGCACAGUAUUAGGCAAUGCAAAUGAUCUUCUGAUUGGUUACUAUAGCAAUAAUAGAUGGAUGCCGUUUAUUCCCAAAUGUAUAUGUUGCAUAUAGCAACCAGAAGCUCCCAAUCAUGUUCUUGAACUGUGGCAAGGCAAUGGAGGCCGAGGCCCACACAGCUCACAUCAGUCUACUUGUGAUUUAUUUUAUGUUUUUAAGCAUUUCUUAUAAAAUGUUAUCGCACAUUAAGGGCAAAGUGACCCUCUUUCUAGUAACAAUAAUCUUUCCCCCUCUGAUAUUCAUUUUUUUUUUUUUUUUCCCCAUGCUGCCCUGUUGCUCCAUUGGAGCUGGGAAUCUAAAACUUAUGUAAGCUCCAUGUCGGAUGAUGUCAGAGCUCACACAAGGCCAACUUCUUUCUCCUCCUGGGUGGUGACAGUGUUCAGGUCUGGAUACUGCAUCCUGUGAGGAGGUCACAUGAUUCCUCCAUAUCAGAAAUCACUAGGUUUUUAAUGAGGGAUCUGUAUGGAACUAAACAACUUCCAUGUGUGGUCUGAGGGACAUUAAAAGUAAAAUUUCUGGUAAACUUCGAGAGGAUAAAAAUAAAAGCAGUUGGUUGUUAUGUGCAAUAAGAGACCUUACUUAUAAGGCCCUGCUUAUGUUCCCCCUAUUAAGACUCACAAUGCAUCCACCAGUGCUGGACAUCCUGCCCCACCUGGCUCUUCAGACACUUUCACAAAAGGCCCAAUAUUCUUCCAGUGUGUUUUCUAUUUUUUCACUUUUUACAGGAAAAAGUUCCCACACUGUAACAAUGUGCAAAUGCUGUCUGGAUCAACACAAUGAUCACUGUCGCAUCCCAGAUUCUGUAUGUGUGUGUGUGUGUGGUUUAUAUGUUUAGCUGCUGGUUCCACAAAUAAGACUAAAUAUUUAUGACUCCAAAGCCAGACCAGUAGCGCACAAUGAGGUCAUUUCCUUUUUUUGUACAUUCAAAACUAUUUCAUGCUAUUUAUUUAAUUUAUUUUGCUGGAGAGCAAGCUUGGAUGUGGAAAGCCGGAAGAUACAUUAAAUGAUACUUUCUUGUUCUUGUUUUGUUUUUUCACCUUUUUGUAUAUUUUAUUGUGUGCCGUCUAAUAGAUGGACACCAUACUGCAGUCAUUCGGUAAUCGUCUGGCAACUGCAUAACCUAUUUUUAGCAAUUGUACAUAUCAUUAGGCGUGUAUAUGUAGGAUGGUCAGAUAUGCGUCGUUGUUUUUAAAUCUUAUUUAAAGAUCACCUGUCAUACGUGCACACUGAGGGGAAAGCCAUUUUGUCCCAUAGAAGGCAGCCUAGCAGUUUGUGAAAGUAGUUUCCAGUAAAUAGAAAGAUUGUUGCAUGGACAAGAUGGCUGCCAACACUGAGCAUGUGUAACAUGUACAUUUUUAAAGGUUCUGUCUACCUGUAAUGGUGGGUACCAGUAGACUGGGUCACCCUCUGUUUUUUUUUUUUUUAUUAUACCUUACAGUGAUGCCAGUUCAUGAUCUGCCUGCCAGGCUUUACAGCUCUACCCACACAUUGUGGAGUCUCAGCAGACAAGCUCCCUUGUUAUAUCCACAGCUUGUAGGUGGAGCUGAGAACCUGCAGAGAUUGCACCGUCAGAAUACCUGACAGAUACAGAAAGUCAGAAGAUGAUUCAGAUCACUGGACCCCAAGUGGACUGACCCUUAAAAUAAAUCCUAAAAGCUAUGUAUUUGCUUUCUGGUUAAUGGGUCAUUCUAAGGAGCCCUGAUUUCUAUUUCUAUUGGUGUAUUAUUUGGUUUUAACUGUAAAAUUUAUCAUUUGUAUUUUCCUACUUUUAGGCAUAUGUAGAAUUCUAAACUAAAGUAACAAAUUUAGCAAUGUAACAUACAAUGUAAUUUAGUUUAAUGCACUUCAUUUCCCCAUUUUGUCACAACGCAUAAUACACUAGUGUGAAGACUCUGGAAGAUGGCAUUCCCUAACUUUUUGGGCUGAUUAGUUCGGGGCAUCGUUCACAGAUGACCAAUGAAGUUGUUCAACCUAACUAAUAUGUAGCCAAGGAGUAAGAGUGGCAGCGUUUAUGCUCCUCACUAAGGUAGUUUGACAGAUUCCUUAAUGUACAGAAGUCCCAUAGAGCAGUAGAGGAUGCACAGUAUUGGAUAUCGGUGUAGCUGUAGUGUGGACUACCUGUCAUGGGUACAUUUUGUAAAGGUAUUUUUUCCUUCAUAAAACUCUGUUUCUUUUUCAGCCCAACUGACCUAAAUCCAGGUCUUCUCUACAAUACAGAGAAUUUAGGGCCUGUUCCCAUUGGCGAUUCAAACAGACCCUUAUAGGAGGUAUUAUAUAAUUGGCUGUCCUGUUUAUUUUAGACCUGUAAGAAGGGACCCAUGUUUUGAGAACUGGUAGGAUUGUUGGGAGAGAAUUCCAAAAGAUAGUGAAAAUUAUAAUCUCUCAUCCACAAAGUGAUUUUAACAAUUACAAUCUGUGGAUAAACAUUCUCAGGUCCAGUUCCCUGUGCUUAGAGAUUCUUAAUGUACACCCUACCUGUGAGGUAAGAGCACACACCUGCCUUUGACAGCUGCAAGUCCAACAGUUGAUAACCAGUCGGCUUGGUUUCUGAUCAGCAUGCCAGCCAAUCAUGGUGACCACAUGCAAGGAGGAUUGUUUUGCAGAAAAACUUUGGCACCAUGCCGCUGGCAUGGUGCCUCUCUCCCUGUGCAUUUUCUAUGCACAGAGAAAGUAUAUAAGAAAUCAUGAUUUUUAGUUAAAGAUUGGCCUCAGCGGCUCCCUAGAAUCACCAUGACCAUUUGUUUCAGGUUGUUGUUUCUGCCUGUGUUCGACAAGUCUCCGGCACCAAGUCUUUUAUCCGAAGGUACAUCCACACUUUGAGUAAUGCUCACAGAUUGCCCCAUGAUAUGUUGCUGUACAUACUUUCAAGUCACUGACUUACCAGUGAUCAUUCAGGUUGGAAAUGUUUGGGGGUAAUGUAUAAAAGUGGUGUAUAAAUUAUAAUAAAGACCAUAUUUAUAAAUGUUUA